UCCAAAAAAUUGCUCUUUCAAAGGGAAGAAAUAUAUUUGUGGCUGACCUCUAUGCAGUGGCAACAUGGCGACGGCCCACAGCGUGUGACCCACUCUUGAGUUUGCCUGAUGAUGUUUCCAUGAGAGAUCACAUCGUUAUUCCUAUUUGGAAACCUGGACACUUCCUCUUGUCUAAACCUUUGCCAGGAUGUAAAUCCUGGGACAUGGACAGAGAGGGUUGGAAAAGACCUACAGGGUUUACCUAGACAGUCAUUUGGGAACGAUUGUGGCAUUUUCAUGUUGAUGUAUGCCCUGUACACCGUUUUGGGUGCACCUUAUGACUUCAGCAUUACCGAUAUGCCAGCUCUGAGAAAAUGGUGGUGUGUAAUGCUCAUGGAGAACUUUGACCUCGGAAGCUGUGGGAAAGUCUUCGCCCACUGGACUGAUGCUGCAAAAGCUCUGCUGCGCGGAGAGGCGCCACCAGUCUUCCGUCUGAAGAAACGGAAAUUAGAUGAUGCUGCUGAGGACCAAGAGCCUCAGCCACAGCCUCUGCAAAUUACAUCUCCACUCCAAAAAGAUGCUCAGACAGAAGGGGAAGCGACCAGCAUAGAGGACAAAAUUCUCCAAGACUGCACAAAAGCUGCAGAAUGGGUUCAGGACAAUCCACAUUUGUUUGCUGCAACUGUUGAGAUGCCUGACAUCCUGCAGAUGGGACAAGAGAUGCAGAAGGAGUUUGUGAAGCAGUUGCUUAGCCUUUCAUCUGACGGAUCGAGUCAGCUUUGCGAGGACGACAAGGAACAAAUCUUGGAGCCAUUCAAGUUUACAUUUCAAGUCGUGGAAGACAUGUGGAUGUUUUGUGAAGAAAUAAUGGACAAAAGACAAUACCGGGCAUAUUGUGAAUGCAGGAUUGAGGACCAAUAGAUGGGCACUCUUUUAUAUGGUGGGGAAAAACAAAACUAUGCUGCAUUAAAAUGUAAAUACAUGUAUAAUAUGUAUAUAGUAAAGUUGUCCACAUAUAUCUUUUGAAUAAGCGUUAGUAGAAAUGUUUCUACAAUAUGUUGUCUGUUAAAAUAAAUAUGUUAACCCCA